AUGCUGCUAUGGCUCGAAGGUUUCCGAGAAGCUUGCUCUCUUCACCGUGUUUUCGUUCUCUGUCGCAGGUCGAGAAAGCUCCUAUUACGAACAGGGCAGUGUUUUCUAUUGAAUGGUUUCAUUUUCUUAGGAAGUUUAGGUGUGUUCAAGUGGUUUAUAGAGCCAGCCCUUGAGUGGAUAUUACCUGAUCCGUGCUCUCCUGUCACGUUCCACGAGUUUUGUUCGUAUGGCCGAUCUUAUGCCUUUCUACGCAAUGGACUUUUGCAGCUCUUUUACGUGUUUUGGUUCUAUCCUCUCUACAUGCUCAGCUUCAUCUUGAGUAACAUCUGGUAUAACGAUAUUGCAAAGUAUGGAUUCGAGGCAAUGGGGAAAUCUGAGUUAAGCUCAGCAGAAGCAGUUAGACAAGAAGGUGAAGCUCCUGCGUCAGCGAACAUGGCAAAUGCUGAAAGGCCUUCUGGUCUUGGAGGGGUGAUGAUUGGCAUCGGAGAGCAGGUGUAUUCGAUACUACUCCUUACAUUUUUCUUCCUGGAGGUUUAUGUUGUUGGCGUUAUACCAUUCAUUGGGAAGAUACUUAAUUUCUUACUUCUUUCAUGGAUGUAUGCCUACUAUUGUUACGAAUAUAAGUGGAACUUCUCAGGGAUUCCUCUGGAGAAAAGGCUUGACUUCUUUGAAUGUAACUGGGCCUUCUUCGCUGGUUUUGGAAGCCCCUGCGUGUUGGCUAUUUUCUUUCUUUCUCCACUAGUGAGCGGAGCGCUUAUGGCCAUCCUGUUUCCAUUGUUUGUUCUAACUGCUACAGGAUCAGGACCUGAGAAAUCUGUUUUAGCACCGAGAAGAACGUGGAAAUGCGCAGGUUUAGGGAGGCUUCCGAUUUUCUAUGCAGCUGACACUCUCUCAAUGUUGGCGUUGUCCAUCUUCCGGUCCCUCCAAACAUGA